AUCCAAAUUUCUGAGCAAUGCAUUAUUUACAAUGAAUAGUCAAAAGAAAAGAAUCAAUAGUCAUGGGGGAUUGGAGACCAGGUUACUCGACCUUUGUGCCAAGCAACAAUGCAUUUGGGACAGGGCUGUUGUCUCCUUGACACUCUAUUGGUUGCUUAGGAAACAAACGAAACUUGCUAUCUGCACUUUUUAGGGCAAAGAAAGAUAUUGAUCCUGAGAGCUUUUUUGGAACAGACUUGAAUGGACCUUUGAACAAGGUUCAAGGCUUCUAUUAUGUCCCGAAAAGGAUUCUACUACAUAGUUGGAAUAUGUCUGUUUAUGUGCUAUAGUUAUAUUCCUCUUGUUCACAGUGAGGCAGAAUCUACGACUUUGGAACCAAUCACAUCAAGAGCCACAUCGGUAAGUUCCAACACAACGGAAGAGCCCAUGCAAACCAGUUCGAACGUUGGUCAAAUCACGUCGAAUGGAUCAAAUGCAAACACCACGGAUCCUGGAACUGAUCCAAAAAACCAGGUGGAGAGCUCAACUGCAAACAAUGACUCCUCAACGGAGAUGGAAAAGGAAGGAACGACGGGUUCUUCAACCGGUCCAAGCUUAACCACACUCGGUGCUGAAACCUCAACGACCUUGGGGGUACCAGAAUCGUCAGAAGCACCAAUAACAAGUAUGACAGGGUCGGUCGUGAACCAAAGCACAAACUCGCUUGAGGAACAAACAGAGGGAACAACUAAUACUUCCUCAUCUUUGGAACCGAGCCAAACCACCCAAAGGGUUGAAAAUUCAGUUACAACAAUAGAAGCCUUCGAAAGCUCAAAUUCAACCUCAAUGAUAAGUGGAUCAUCAACCACAGAAAUGGCCCAACAAUCGCCUGUAGACACCACAGCCGAGGAAUCAAACAAUUCCAUCCCUCAAAGUACGACCUCAUCAAACAUGGAUCCAAACGAUGAUGUGGUGACCGGUUCCUCAUCAACAGUUGAAAGUGUUCAAAACUCAACGAUCCAGAGCACAGACGCUUCAGCAAUAACUUUAACGGAUCAAAGGCCACGAGCCAAUGAAACGCCCAAAAAUUCCUCAGUACUUGAAUCAGUCACGGAAACUAAUCCAGAACCUGGUCCCACGGGACAGAAUGAGAGCGUUGAUGAGGCGGUGCCUCCUGAUUAUUCUGAGGCAAUUCAAGCACUGCGAGAUCAACUUGGAGUCUCUUGUCCGUUGGGGUUUUAUCGCAUCGGGGGAGUAUGUUUCUUGAUCCACAAUGAAACCCUGACCUAUAAAGAGGCCUUCAACUUUUGUCAAGACAACCUCGGUCGUUUGGCCUCUCCUAACCACCAUCUAACGUGGUUGGCUCUUUUUGAAUCUUCGAAUUCAUCAGAAGAAUUUUGGACAGGUUUUAAGAUCAGUGAACAUCAAGAGGUGUACAAUGCCAAAGGCCAUCGGAUUGGACACUUCCCCAAAGCCGCCAUGAUUUUCAAAUCAAACAGCAGUCAAUCAAAAAUUGUUGGUCUCAAAAAUCAACUUAAUCCGGUUAUAUUUCGAGACAAAGCAUUUGAACUAGGAGAUCCAAAAAACAGUGCUGGGGUUAUUUGUCAACAAACGGAAUUGAGAUGCAGUCCAAACUUCACCUUGGUGGAUGGUACAUGCAUGCAGAUUGUGAGCGGAGAUUCAGUUUCUGCAGCUGAAUCAUCUUGCUCUGAUCAAACCAAUGGUGAUGGACAAAUUAUUGUCAACUCUCAUGAAGUCCAAUUGCACUUAGUGUCCGAAGUUCUAAAUGAAUCUGCAGCGCUUGUAAACGGCAUGCUGGAACUUCAACAGGCUCUGUGCUCGGCACCUGGGCAAUUAUACAAAGGAAGAUGCAUCACAAUCUCGGAGUCAAUUGGAAAGCCCGACAACAGUGCUUGUGCUACAAAUUCCACCGAUCUCGAUUCGCUGCAUUUAUCCUAUGCAAAGCAUGUGGCAAUACGAGAUCAGUUAACCGAGACAUUUGUUUGGAUGCCAUCUGAGAGUGAUUUGGGAAGUUGUUCGGCAACAAGGAUACGUGUUUUGCCUGCAAACGAGACGGAAUCAGAAAUGGUCCAAUUUGAGAGGGAAGCAUGUAAUAGGCAAACGUUUCAAGUCGUAUGCUCAGACCCAAUUCAAGUUGGAUCUAGUGCCGAAGAUCCGUCAUUUACGGACCAAAAAUCGAUUUGCACACAUUCACCGCAUUUUGGCGACAUUUCAUGUGAUUUCGAGUCUCCUCUAUGGAAUGAGGGUUAUUGCUUGUGGAACAUUGAACCUGCUAAAUUCCAAUGGAAGACUGAGCCUGCUCCGGAAGAAGUAGUUCCCACAGUGAACCACUUCGUUCGAGUUCAAGGCCCUGGAUUAGUGGUUCUAGAAUCAGGGACCAUUUUUGAAUGUUCCCGGGUCCGGUCAAGUUCAUUUGGGAUGCUUUUAAGAUCAGAGGGUUUAUUGCAAGCCUCGGUUCGGUUUGAGAAGUUACUAUGGAAUGGUCUUUUGGAUGGGAUGGGCCAAGUCCAUGAUUUGGGAACGGUCAGCCGAUCUGAAUGGACAUAUUUAGAAGUGAAUCUGACGGGAGAUUCAAUGUGUGGGAGCUCUUCGAACUUAUUGUUCCAGGUAUCCAUCGAAUUUAGUAUAGAAGGUGAUGGCUUUGUGGAACUGGACGAUUUGGGACCCUGCCAUUUCUAUGAUUAUUAUGAUCCAUCCACCAAAACUUGCUUCUUUCGAUCCAACCAGAGCGGUCCCAAAGAUGAUGGAACUUGCUCAGAUCUCCGUCGAAUGGGUCAAAUUUCGGCUAUGAACCCAGAUGAUGGUCUCACUUUGGCGAUUAAAAGCAUGUAUCCAAACGAAUCCCGCUGGGAUCACAUCAAUGUCGCCAACUCUAUUGGAGAAAGGCUCUUUCAUGUCGACGGUGCAAAGACAACGGAUUCAAUGGCAAUCAUUAACUCCACUUCAGGAGGUUGUGGGAGCUAUCAAAUCAAGAACUCCUCUGAGAGUCACUUGGCCACCGAUUGCGGUUCUAUGGACGUCCAUUCCUACUGUCAGUAUCCGUCAGCGAUCCAGUCCACAAAAAGGUUGUUGGGUUGUUGGGGGAACAUUGGAAACCAUUCUCAACCCAAUACUGUUGUUGAAGAUCCAUUUAUGAGUAUUCAAAUGUGCUCCACCAUUUGCAAAGGCCAAGGAUCUCCCAUAGGUCUGGUUCAAGGUUGGAGAUGCCAAUGUUCCAAUGGAUCUAUGGCACAUAUGCAGAGGUUAACCGGAAAUCGAUGUACCCGCCCGUGUCCAGGAGAGCCGUAUCAAACCUGUGGGGGAUUUGAUGAAGAGUCGAAAGUUCCAUAUUUCACGGCCAUCAAUAUUAAUGCCAAUGGGUUUGCUAGUCCAUCCACAUGUUUGGAUCACUUCAAGUUAGGGUUACUCCCGACCAAUGGUUGUCAUAACGUGAUUAAUAGUGAACAAGAGAAUUUGGAGUGUUGCUAUUCAAAGGUGGAUCCAGAUCAAACUAAGGUAUGCAAAGAUGGAUUCUUGGGCCUCGGCGACUCUUGCUUUAAGUUGAUUUCAGGAUCAGACUUAAGAGCGAAAAGUGUUUUUGACAUCAACGCUUUUUGCCAAAGCCAAGAAGCACAUCUGGUGCAGGAAUUGAAUGGCGGGAAUUUGACCUCUCUGAUGUCUAUUUUCAAAUAUCAUCCAUUGUUUCGUCCCACUGAAAAGAAUCAAGACUUGACUUUUCGAACAGGAGCCUUCAUUGUUUUUUUUCAUGACAAACUGACGGGGAAUGGUCUUCACUCCACGGGAAAUCCAAGUUCAAAGAUACCGGCUAACCCAAAAGGAGCAAUGAAUGGCUCUUGCUACGAAUUCGUCUUUAAUGGUUCCAUCGAGAUUCACCGUAGCUCUUGCUUUGAUUUGAGCGGUAGACGGGCCUAUUUGUGUCAAGCUGCCAAGGCACCAACUUUCAAGAUAGCCAAGCUCAACGAAAGCUCACCGUUCUCGCAAAUGGCGGACAUCUUGUAUGAUCACCCAAUGAUGUCUCAAACCGCUUGUUCAGCCUUUUGUUUUGGAAAAGGAACCAAAACCACCGCUUUAGUGGGUCACUCGUGCUAUUGCUUGAAAGAUGAUGUGGACAAGUUGCAAUUGAGUACCAAUGAGAGUACUGAACCUAAACUGUUACCUUGCCCGGGCAAUCCCAUUCAAUUUUGCGGUUUUGAAGAGGCCGACAAAUGGGCCUUAGUUGUUGACAGCCGAGAUGAAGGGGUGCUCGACCUUGGGUUUAAAAGUUGCGAUGAACUCAAAGCUGCCAAUGUCUUCAUGGACGCUAAAUUUAAAAUCAAUGGGAAGAUGGAACACUGCAACAAUUGGAAGGGACCGUGCAGCAAUGAGGAGUAUUUGUAUGGGAAACAAUGUAUCAUGAUUCCUGAAUUGUUCAAAAAAUUUGAUGACGCUGAAAAGGCUUGUUCCAAUGGGCAGGAAAUGUUGCAAGAUCCUACUAUAGGAUUUUGGGCUGAGAUAAUGGGCUUGGGAAGCAAAAGUGCGUUCUGGGGUGGCAAAAAUGAGAGUGAUUGCUUUGUUAGCGAUGGAUCCUUUGAGGACUGCGAAACCAAGAAGAAAUUCAUAUGCGCACGGCCAAUCUGUCCCAAGCCUCAAAGUCUCAUUGCCGGGAUGUGCUUGACCAUUGAAGGCGCGGAAAGUCCCUGCCAACCUGGGACAGGGGUGAACGACUUGCCUGGGGUGGCACCGGAUCAAAUGAAAGCAUUAAAAAUAGUGGCCACCCAAUCUAAUUCGGAAACCACCAAUCCCGUUUGCUUUAAAGAGUUACCAUGUCCCAUUGGUUCUCAUAUGUUGUCUGGGGGCAAGAGUUGUUUGAUAGCACUUCCAAAACCAACGCCGCCAAAGAACCCAAAAGAAGUGUGCAAAGACAAUGGAGCACAUUUGCCAAUGCCACUGACAUCCACCAACCGAUCUGAUUUGGCCGAAGCAGUCAAAACCAUUCUGGCCAGGAAAGAUGAAAACUUUAAUCUCACGGGCUUUAAAAUUGAGAUUGGUCUCCGUGGAAGCGUGCACCAUCCUUUUUCUGUACUAUCUGACGGUACUUACGCUACCGAAGGAUUCAACGCUACAACACCCACAUACCCUGGUUUUGCAUACCAGUUUUCCAUCGACAAUCCGGAUAGCUUCAUUUCAAUUGUUGAAGACGACAGAGAGCCGACAGAACAGGAUUACAAUAUCUGCGUCCAGGAGAUGUCAAAGAAGGGCAUGUGCUUUACAAAGAGUUCCCUUGAAAGCGACCUUCAACACUCGGUUGUGAUCAAGGACAGCUCGGCUUAUGAAUGCUCCAUCUACUGUUUGAACCACGACAUGAAAUAUGGAGCUAUUAUGAGCCAAGAUGAAGAGGAAAAAACUAGCACAUGCGCUUGUUUGGGUGCUGAUGUAUCCUUGGCGGAAAAGGAAGUAGCCACCACGUGCACCAGCAAAUGUGGCCUUCAAACCUGUGGACGAGAGGACUCUAUGGCCAUCUACUCCACUACGGAUUUGGAUGUCGUGUAUGAAACUUGCGAAAUGGCCAUGAUUUCUUCUCCGAUCUUGAGGGAUCUGGACACGAUCCUGUUGAAGUCUCCGAAAACGGGCAUAGUAACCAAAGUCAACUGCCCCUUUGAAAGCAAAGAGGUUUGCCAACAGCCUCUUUUAUCGACCUUGGAUCAUUCAGUCGAUUCGUUAUUCUUCAAUGGCGAGAAACAGAGCAGCGCCAAGUAUCUUAGCCAGGUUUUCACCGAACCUGGAUUCGUCACGCCCAAAAACCUGACCUUGAAAGUAAUAUUUGGCGUGAAGAAAACUCUGAGACACUUGACGACAGCAUGGGAAGUUUUGGGCAUGCGCUUUGGUGACUCCGAGGAGGAAAUCACCAACGACGUGUUGUCAAUUGAUGGCAUCAAAUGGACCUUUGAACCAGAGCAAAGUGGCAUGGCAGAACAAAUACCUUUACCCAAAACGUUGAUGGCAAACGCGGUUGAAAUUGAUCUUCACCGAAGAAACGUGUCCCAAUUCAAUCCAUUCUUUGAGAUACGUGGAUGCGAUUUCGCUGAAGCCAAAUCUACUCCAGCACCAACUCCCAAUGAUCUACGACGAAAGAAGCGGAAUGCAAGAGACCCAGGGGUUGAAGUUAGGUCGGGUGGAAGAUUAUACUCGUUCAAGCAAAUGGACGAUGAUUCCCAAAACUACAUGAGUGCGCAAUCUCUUUGUGGCGAUGCCAAGUUGGUCACCAUCAAUUCAAAGGUCAAAGCCUUGGAAAUAGCACGGGCCUUGCAGGAAGAUACUGAGAGCUUAGGAAGUUAUGUCAUCGGUCUAAAGAAGUUGAACAAGAUAUGGACCCAUUCUAAUGGACAACAAUUGAGCAACUAUCAAAACUGGGCCAAUGCAUUUAAUCAAACGAUUCUUAAUGAAGAUGAAGAGCCACAAGUCGACAAGGAGUGUGCUAAAGUCAUGACCGAUCAAUUAACCAGCCAAUCCAACCCUCUUCCUUGGAUUGCAACCGAUUGUGAGGCUCUUGAGGUCGAAGGGGCUCUUUGUGAAAUUUCAGAUCCCAAUACACAAUUUCCAGAGCUGGAAAAACUAGAAUGCUUGUUGAAGGACAAUACAGACUCCUGGUUCAAGAUGUCCAAUUCCACCACCAAUGCUUCUGACUGCAUGUCCGCUUGCAUUGCUGAUGAAGUCCAUUGGCAAUGGUCUAUUUUCGAACCAGAGGGUUGUUCCUGCCUUAAGUUCAUUGAAAACGGGUUUCUGCCCAAAGCUCAAUGUCUCAAUGCUAAUAACCAGAUACCAGUGGUAACAGCUUAUCGUUUGUGGAAGCUGGGAUGCUCACGACUCCCUGACCUACAACAUAAGAAUCUCUUACUUACUUACCAUCAUCAGUACUAUCUCAAUACCACCCAUGCGGUUUACGAAUGCAAGGCUGGUUACACUCCGGACCCAUCAACACCAACAACCAAUCUAAAUUUAACAUGCCAGAAUGACUUUCAAUGGAGCUUGGAUCCCAAUGAAACAUUACCUGCUUGUGUUCCGAUCACGUGUCCUCCUCCUUUGGAACCAACGUUUGCCAAGGGGUGGAAUAUGAGCCAUCGGCUUCAUUACGGCCAAAACCAGUCCGUGAUAUCAACAUCCUUCCAAGCAUUCUGUCCAAAGGGCCUCAAGUUUGAAAACAAUGAAACACAAUUCGAAACAAAAUGCACAGGACAAGAUACAUGGACCGUGAGUUCAACGCUUGGUUGUCGAACCCCGGAAAAUGUGACGGUUUCCAAUAUGACCAGAUUUCAAUGUUCAUCACUUCCCUGGGAAAAUUUGAAUUGCUCAGUCCCUGAUUGCACUCAGGAUAUCUGGGAUGAGUUGGAUGUUACCAAUGCCGAAGCAGAGGUUUUGGACAAGUUCUUGGUUGCCAAAACCCCUGGAUCUAGCGGUGUGGUCAGAUGUUCCAAUUCAAGUGCAACUUUUCGAAGCAUCACGAAUACAUCCUUUUCUCUCGGCAACAUCACUGCCACUUGCAUCUACGAAUCCAAUGCCACCAGCAAAUGGUCUUACUUCGAUGAAGGCGUCAAGCGAACAUCACUCCCUAAAUGUGAUUUCUAUUGUCCAAGUGAGCCACAAUCGCCUGGAACUCACAUGACGAGAGAUUGGAACGGCAAUCGUUGGGCCGACGGAAAUGUCACCUAUAAAUGUGACGAAGGACUCUCAUUCAAUCAUAAGGGUGCAAAUUCAUCAGAUGUUCAAAUUGUGGCCAAUUGUCGACCCAAUCCUGAUGGAACUGCCAAUCAAUGGGCAUUGUCCCUUGAAGGGACCACGUUACCAACAAUGCCCCAAUGUGUGGCCAAGUGUGACAUGGAACCACCGUUGGACGAGGCCUUGUUCAUACGAACUUGGAACAUGAACCAAACAGUUGGUGCCAAAGCCCAAUACACCUGCAUAGAUCCCGACCAAAACAGCUUCUUUUCCAGCAUAUAUUAUCCAAUUAUUGAGAUGACGUGCAAGCAAUAUCCGGGAGAAAGUAAAGGCGAGUGGGUUUGGAACAACAUGGGAACAGAUCGAACGGAGAUGCCAAGCUGUCAGCCAAGCUCAAGCUGUCAACCCCUUCAGGAUUUCUUUGACGAUGAGAUCACGUUUGAUCUCAAUUUAGACUUCAUUGUCCGAAAACGCGAGUCCUUCAUCAACGUGGAAGGACAUAAUGCUGGUCAUAAAUCAGGGCCGGGUGCUAAAAUCAAAGCCAAAUGCCAAUUCGAACCUGAAUUGUUAGUAGACUCCGAGGGCGCAGCUCAUGAGGAAAUGGAACUUCAGUGCCAGGAUUUGGGUAAUCAAACCUCUAAGUGGAUCUGGUUGGAUCCCAGAACUGGGGAGCAAAGAAUGGAUUCGUUUGAUUGCAAAGCCCGAUGUAAACUAGAAUCCCCUUCAAAGGCUGGCUUCUUGAAGACAACCAACGAGAGAUGGGUGGGAAGUAAGACGAUAUAUUCUUGCGAGGACCCUGCAUUGUUGAUAAAAAAAAAUGCUACUCACGGAUUUGAUACGGUUGCCAUUGAGUGUGUUUCUAGCUCUCGUUUUGAACCUUGGUGGAUCAACUUGGAAAAACUAACCGAAUGUCAAUCCUCUUUAGGUAAACAGGGUAUUUCAUUACUUGAGAUUUAUUCACGAGAUACGAUUUCUUGAUCUGCUUGCUUGUGUGUGAUGGGCAUUGGAGAGGGUUAAUAGCAAUUAAAUACCAAUUCGCUCUCUUCGGUCAUAUCAAUGGCUAAAAUCGGAGUCCAAUGAAUAACAUGAGCUUUGGACGAAUAGGCUUAGUAUAUUGAAUAUAAAAAGGUGAAAAAAUGCGAUCAAUUAACCACCACCACAGGACAAGUUCCAUGAGACGAAAUAAAGCCAUGCAAUAAUAGAGGCGACAAAUAGGAAAAAGAGCAAGUUCUAAUUAUACAUCAGCUGAUAAGAAAUAUUUGACGUAUAACUAAAUCUCAGAAAUAUUUUUAAAACCGGAUGAAAUAUUUUUCGACGUAAAAAUAACAGAAGAAAACACAUUUUCAACCAUUUUUAUGCCAUUCAUGCUGAUUUCGUUCGCUUGUCCCAAAGUUUUGCUUAAAUUGGAGUGGGCCAGGUCGACGUGGUUAAAGAUAGCAUGUAAGAAAAAAUGCGAAAUAAGAUUGAACCAAGCAUAUUUUUACCUUAAUAUUGCACCAAUAUUCAAAACGAAAGAAGUUUUUGCUUUAUACAAGGUCCUAAAGCGAUUUCAAAAUCAAAUGUCUAACGUGACAAUUUUCGCGGCCUUUAUAUUCAGCUUAAAAUAUGUUUCUUCAGUUUCGGUAAAACGUUUGGAAAUCCAUUUUAAGCCAGUAUUUAAGUAGUGUUUUCAAGACAAAACCAAGAUUCCCUAGUAGGGCUUUAACGAACAUGACGACGAAUGAAAUUAGAAUUUAGCGAAUGGAAGUAAAUAAGAAACCCAGUAAUUGUGUUUGUCUAAAGUUCCUGUCAUUGCAUAAGAUUCUUCUGAAGACGAUGAAUAGAAGACUGGAAAAAUCUACAAAACUCAGGUUCUUCCAGACAAUGUCAACCAUUUUUGAUCAGGCCAGGGCUUUCCUGAGGUUAGUAUUCGCUUGGGUUCUUUGAAAGGACAAGUCACUGAAAACUUUCCUGAGAUAUUUACCAUGGGAAAACAAAUUGAAUGGCUUGCUUUUACAAUGUCAUGCAUAGUUAUGGGCGGGUGUCUCUGUUCGAAUUCAUGGGUGUCACAAAAUGUAUCACUUUUCAUUGUCAUUCACGCGCCAUGUUAAAAACAAAACUCGAAAUAAAGGCAUUUAGC